UAUGUUUCUGGACUUUUCAGCGUGGCAUGACUGCCUCCCCUCUUCAAGUCUCGGCGUUUCAGCGUGAAGUUGAACGGAGGAGGAAGCUACCAUGAGAGGCGACUCCUUUCUCCUCGGCUUCCUGCUGCUCAAAGUUACCGUUCUGCUGUGCAAGGCUGAUGGGGAGCCGGGGUUACUCGGGGGCUUUGUGAUGAUCGCCACAUCUAACGGCUCCAGGGAGGAGGAGAGCGUUUCUGAGGAGACCCCGCAUACCGAGGACAAAUGCAGGGGCUACUACGACGUGAUGGGCCAGUUUGACCCUCCAUUCACUUGCAAGACGGGCAAUUAUUUGUACUGCUGCGGCACCUGUGGCUUCCGCUUCUGCUGCUCCUACAAACACUCUCGACUGGAUCAGAGCACCUGUAAAAACUAUGACACCCCACUGUGGAUGAAGACCGGCCAGACUCCGUAUAAGAAAAUGAACAAGAUGCACGACAGCACCAAAGACAAGACCAACUUAAUAGUUUACAUCAUAUGUGGAGUUGUGGCCAUUAUGGCACUAGUGGGGAUUUUCACCAAAUUGGGUCUCGAAAAGGCGCACCGUCCUCAGAGAGAGAACAUGUACAGGGCGGUGGCCAAUGUGCUGCAGGGCGGGUGUCCAGGUGAACAGUACCGGGGAGAGGAGGCCCAAGGCAUGCAUUCCAAUCACUAUGUUUCCAGGGCUGCUAACCUCCAGACUGCUCAGAUUAACAACAAUGUGGGGCCGGUGUCAAACGUGGUCCAACAGCACCCGUAUCCUGCCCUCAGCCAGUUGGCUCAUGUAUACGAGCAUCAGCAGCAUCAGCAGCAGCAGCAGCAGCAACAGCAGCAACAACAACAACAACAACAGCAGCAGCAACAACAACAGCAGCAGACACAGCAGCAGCAACAGCAACACCAACAAUUACAGCAGCAGCAACUCAACCUGCAGCAACAAGGCAAGGAUUUCAACAAAUAUGCCUCCCUGAAAGCAGUGGCUGCCAAAUACAAUGGUGAUCUGUACAACAAGCGCAGGCUGAUGGUCGAGCUACCGACAAAAGGCGGUCUUCCGCUCCAACCCAUGGGCAACUCCCGACCCUCCAUGGGCAACGUGUCAUCGAUGACCACCAACCCAAUUGCUUCGAACCACAUGGCAUCCCACUCCGUGAACCAGAUGACCUCCAUGACCCCUAUGCCGUCAAUGACGCCCAUGACUGCUAUGAUGACCAUGACUUCCCUCGCCCCAAUGACUCCUAUGACCUCAUUGGGGCCGCUGACCCCAGAGCCGGUGGCAACUUAUGUCACUGAGAUGCCCAGAAUCUCUUCCGUGUCAACCAUCCCAACAGACCGACGCGGACCUGGAGUCGUGUCAUUAAAGCCAAAUGGCCAGAAACCUAAAAGCAACCACGGCCACGUCACCCACGGCUCCCACAUUGCCCUCACUCACCUUCACAGCCACAGUAGCAAGCCGCUAGGACUGGGGACUACCUCCCUGGCACACAUGGCAGGUACUAUGCCAGGGGGCACAUCCCUGGGAAUCUCCAUGGUCGCCGAAACCCCCAUUGGCUCCAGCUUUGCGACAAUGGGUCGGCCAUUGGCAUACAGUUCUAAUACCAUCUCUUCUGGCCAUACAGUAGGUAUGGGGUUAAGGGGUUGGGAAGGGACAGAGACAGUGGGCCGAAGGAAGACCUACGGGCACAAGAGGCCUCAGUGUACGGUGUUGGAGCCCAACCAGCUUCAUGGCACUAGAAGCCACAGCCAACACUUCCUCCCCACACAGCCCUACUUUGUGACCAACAGCAAGACAGAGGUGACUGUGUGA